UCCUUGCAAGACCCAGAGUGAGAAAGAGACAGACAGAGGCAGAGAGAAAUAAAUAAAUCCGAAUUCAGCCAAACUUCUCUCUCUCCCACCUCCCUUGCAUCCUCUCAUUACCACCCCCACCCUCCUCCCCGUCUUUCUCCUCCCCGUCUUCCUCUUGACAAAUUUUCCUCCACUCAUUCCCUUCCUGUUCUUCUCCGCCCACCCCACCGAUGUCUCUCUGAAUUCGGUGUCGUCUUACCCACCGUCUCUGCCUCUUUCUCUUGCAAUCGGUUCUUGUUUCCUCCGUUUUCUGGGUUGAAUAUCUCUUUCUCUUUCCCUAGGGAGGAUCAAGAAACAGGAGAGGGAGAGAGAGAGGGAGGAAAGAAGAGAAAUCGGAACAAGUUUCUUCUUUUGCCUGGAUUGCGAGCCUUGCAAGUUGUUAAGAAACUCUGGACCAGUUUCCGGUCAUUUAAACAACUGGAAAGAGGAACAUCUGAGAUGCUACGGCAACGGAUCAAUUGAUACCUCGUUGCCGUAGCUUGGACAAAAUAAUUUCAACAAUGCAAGGGCAGAGGAAUUCUGUCGAGCAUUAUGCUGAUGUUUUUGGAUUUGACAUUGGAUCUGGUUCAGGCAACCCUGUCAUGGACCAACAGACAUAUUGGAAUAAUGUUCUUGAAUCAGUAGAAUCACAGAAUCUUCAAGGUUAUCAGAUGAACCACAGUGACGCUGCCAUCCCAUAUGGAAAUGAAGCACACCGAGAUGAUGGUGCAUUUCUUGGUUUCUGGGAGUCAGGCGAAGCUAGUUCAAGUGGCAGCUCACUAAACUAUGGGAACUCUAACAAUGUAAAAACAGAGCAUCUUAACAUCGGUGGUGGCCUGAGGAUUGGCGACAGACGACUGGUAGCUGAAAAUAAUAUUUCUCUUGAUGCGGAUAUAAACCUUAAUGCCAACGUUAAUGAUCUAUGUGGUCAAAGUUCAAAUGUUAACUGUGCCUCUCAAGGUCCUGAGCAGUAUGGUGGCUGUGAGCGCAAUGGUACAAUUCCUCAGCCAUCUGACCUGAGGUUACAUCCAUACAGGACAUUCCUACUAGGUGCAGAGCAACCAGACUCUUUUACCUCUUUGAAUCCCAGCGAAAAUCCUUUGGGUGAUAUUUCACUAAUGCCAGAGGGCAUUGAUCAAAGACCAGGGAGUCCCCUGGACGGUCGCCGACUUGCGUGCAAGAGAAAAAAUAUUGAAGGAGCCAAUGGGCAGAGUUCAGCUGGUGCUAGCACAAGUUUUUCCCACAGGAACAGUAAUGCCUUCAAUAACAUUGUUUCUUCAAGUUACAAUACUGCUCCUAUCAGAAAUUCAUCUUCUCCGGAUUGCUUGUUGGUUCCAAGUCCCAUUGAAGAUCAACCCCCGCGUUAUGGAACUAAUGCAGGACUCUCAUCUAGUAGCUAUGAUCCUAGUGGAGGCAUUAGCAAUACAGGGAAUUCACAGAGAAGUUUCCGGGCAAGAACUACCAUGGCUCAACAGUUUGCUCCCUGUAGUGUAUGGCCCUCUUCAAAUGCUAUUAGGCUUUCUAAUUCAUGGAGUCAUCAGCCGCCUCACCUGCAGAGUGCAUUUGAUGAGCCACAAGAGGUAAUUCCUGUGGUCAGUAGCCUCAACUUGCAAUACCAACAUCCAGUAAAUGUUGUUCCUGGUGUUCCGCAAGCUGCAAACCGUUUCACUGGUCAUGGAGCUUCAUCAUCGAGAGCUGGCAGUUUGGAGAACAGAAUUAUUGGUGGUGAAGAGGUCACCAGGAGGAAUGUGGUGCCUACCAACUUCUCUGAUUUGGUCCCCCCUGCUGCAGUAGACUUGAGGCAUUUGGUGCCAGAACCAUCUAACUGGAGUUCUGAUGGUCGAGGCACUGCAAUAUCAGGAAAUACUCCUCCUGUACCAAGAGCUAAUACUAAUUCAACAGUUAAUCCACCAGCAGGAUUCACUCACCAAAACCUGAAUAGACGCCAUCCUCGAAACUUGUCAGAGGAGAUUGGUCGUCUAUCUGGAGCACUACGUGGUCAUCAAUCCCCACGCUUAAGGUCAGGGUUUCUGUUGGAGCGCCAGGGUGAAGGUGUUUGGGGUGUUCCUCUAUCAAUGAGGAGUAGGGAAGGAAGAAGGUUAAUGGAGAUUCGGAAUGCACUUGAAAUGAUUCAUAGAGGGGAGAAUGUAAGAUUAGAGUCUAUUUUUUAUGGAGGCGUCGAUAUUCAUGACAGACACAGGGAGAUGCGCCUUGACAUAGACAAUAUGUCUUAUGAGGAGCUGUUAGCACUGGAGGAAAGAAUAGGAAAUGUUAGCACUGGCCUCAAUGAGGAAGCAGUGACAAAGCUGCUCAAGCGAAGGAAAUUUUCAUCAUGGAGAUUAAAAGCAUCUUCGGACCAUGAGCCAUGUUGUAUCUGCCAGGAGGAGUAUACUGAUGGGGACGAUCUCGGGAGACUCGACUGCGGGCACGACUUCCAUGCUGGUUGCAUCAAGCAGUGGCUGGUGCUGAAGAAUCUGUGUCCAAUCUGCAAAAACACCGCGCUAAAGACCUAAAAGCAGAAGGAAGCAACAAAGUCUCGUCAGAGGCACCCAUGUUCAUGUUCAUUCGAUUGCAAAAUCAUUUACCGAUUCAUAUUACUGUGUUUUUUGGUUGGGAAAUUUUGCCAUUCGCCUACAAUUCGAAAUGAAAAAAAAAUGGUCCCUGUAAACUGUUGUUGCAGUAAAUAAUCCCUGGAAUCUGUCUCAGCAUUUAGCCAAAUAUUUACGGCUGAUAUAAUGGAUGUCGUAGGUUUUGAACUUGG